GUUCGGCGAGUGAGCUUUAUAUUAAGGGAACACAUCUGAUUGACUGGGGAACAAAAGAGCGUCAGACACCGUACAGAGGGAGCCUGACUCCCUUACACGAUAGGAACUGAAUGUUGUGCUUCUUGUGAAAGGAUCGAAUGUUUGACUUCCGACACCAAGGUUUUCAAAACUCAUGUUCUCAUGCAAGAAAAUCAGAACCAUUCUACAGAAAAUACAAUUGUGUUAAAGAAAUUUCAAGUUGAAGUUGGUGUGUAUGCUAAUUAAAUUCUCGAAGUAGCAUAAUCAUUUGAAGACGUUUAGCUAUUAUAGCCGUGAGUUGGGCUUUAUCUGAAGAGUGAUAUCUUUUCUAUCAAAAGACAGUCGAGAGCAAAAGCUGUCUCUCCCAGAUCAAUACGGCCCUCUUUUUGUGGUGAAACAUCGUUAGGAUCUGUCAGAUCACAGAUUAUCUACGAAAGAGUGUUCAAAAACAUUUCAAGUGCAUUUCUCCGCCUUCUGUAACGGAUACCUUUACUACAGCGCAAGGUGCCCGCACGUGAGCUACCACUGCCCCUCUCUACACACCGUGUGGAUAUUAUUUUCCAGGAAUCAAUUUAAGGCUUUGGCUGAAUAAGAUGGAAAUCAUUUUCCGUCUCACUGACUAUUAGAACUCGAGCGAAACCACAUGCACUAUAGGCAGAAAAAAGGUUGGAAUUCAUCGUGUGAUUGUCCGUAACCCAGCCACAGUUACCGAGGCUAACGGACGAGUGUUAAAUCUCUUCUAGUCGAAAUUGUGUAUUUUUCAUGUUUUAAAUCAUUGUUCUGUGAAAUAUUCACUAUAUACUGGAUUUUAUCCGAUUACGAGGAAUUCUUUGAUAACACGGGAGCUAUAAGGCAAAAUGGUUCACAUGGCCGUCCGAGGAGAUAGCCUAUUCUACAUCACGGCGUUCUUCAUAGGAGUGGCGUCCCCUGUGAGUGUCCCGGAUGAGCAGCGUCUGUUUGAGGACCUGAUGAUGGGCUACGAGAAGAGCGUGCGUCCAGUGAUUAACGCCAAUACCAUUCUGAAGGUCACCUUCAGCCUCAAACUCAACCAAAUCAUUGACUUGGAUGAGCGCCACCAGGUGUUGACAACUAACGUAUUCAUUGAUCAGGCCUGGAGGGACGAGAACUUGCGCUGGGAACCAGCCAACUACAGUCGAAUCCGGUCCAUCCGGGUUCCUUCCAAGAGAGUAUGGCUACCUGAUACCUUUAUAUACAACAACGCGGACGAUGGUUCUACUGGAUUUAUGCAGGGGACCUAUGUCCUCCUGAACCACGACGGGAUCGUAGUGUGGCCAGUUCCGGUCAAACUGAAGAGUUCCUGUAAAGUGGACAUCACUUACUUCCCCUUUGAUGAUCAAGAAUGUAUCUUAAGGUUUGGUUCGUGGAUCUACAGUGGGUCCUGGAUCGACUACCGGUCCCUCCGUAACGACACUGAGUCCCCCGUGGACCUGACGACGUACGUCAACAACAGCGAGUGGGACCUCCUCUCCGUGACCCUCAAGAAAAACAUCCGAACACACUCCUGCUGCGACGACCCCCACCCCGACAUCACGUACGUCCUCCACAUCCGGCGGAAGACCUUCUACUACAUCUUCAACAUCAUCGUCCCCUGCGUCAUGCUGUCGGCCUUGACCUUGCUGACGUUCUGGCUCCCCCCGACUUCCGGUGAGAAGAUAACUCUGGGGUUGUCCGUGUUCCUGGCUUUCUCUAUGUUCAUGUUGCUAAUUGCCGAGGAAGUGCCGGCUACAUCAGAGUCCGUCCCCUUAAUCGGUAUAUACUUAUGUGUGGUCAUGACUAUGACGUCAUUAUCGGUAAUCAUGGCUGUCAUUGUGAUAAACUUGUACAACAAAGGACACAAGACGAAGCGUGCGCCUGCGUGGCUCAGGAUUCUUACCCUGAGUUGGCUUUCCAAGCUCUUGUUCCUCAAACACGACUUAAUCAAAUUCGCCAAAGACGUCAUCCUAGACGAUGAAAGAAAAGGCGCGUAUGCCUGCAGGAAACAUUCAUUUUCAACGAAGCAGAAGGACGACCUGCUAUACCAAGAAUUGGAAACCCUUUCUCUGGAAAAUCAAUUUAUCAGGAACCGAAGAAAAGCAAGCAAGACAGAAGAAAGUUCGCCAGCGACCCCGGGUAAUGAGAAAGGAGAGGAAUACCAGUCGCUGAAGGAAGGAACCGGUGAGGGUGAGGAGUCCAAGCAUGCAGACAGUGAGAUGUCCGACUCGGAGGGGACCAGGGACAAUAACAACACAACUAAAAACGGUAAACACAAGAAAGAUACUCCAAGGUCAAAAAUACCGGAAGUGUGUCGGACUCGUUCUGCGCUGUAUCAGCGGAAGUUGAUUGUGGCGGAGUGGCAGCAGAUAGCGUCUGUGAUAGACCGCGUUCUGUUCUGGUUUUAUUUCGUCAGUACAGUGGCGUCAUAUAUCUUGAUUCUGGUGGUGGUUCCUAAUUGUAAUUACAAGAAAUGGAACGAGGAAAUAUGGCGGAAGCAACAGAAUUACCACUCAUCAAUGUGAUGGCAAGGAGAAAGCAACAGAAUUACCACUCAAUAUGAUGGCAAAGGAGAAAGCAACAGAUCUAGAACCAUUUUAACAAGACCUUGGACUUUCGGAUUUAAGUAGCCAUCUAUUUCUUGCGUCAAAACAAGUUAAAAAUAACACGGUUUCAAGCGAAAUAUGCACCGAUUGCGAAGUCUUAGCUCAAAAGCCAGACAAAUCUUGUUGAUUUCAAAGAGCAAUGACUAAGUGGCCUACAAUGAAAAAGACAGGCGAACGUCCCAUUGCUGUUUGACACAACUACCAGUCCAAGCUCUUGUUAAUAUGGUUCUAAUACUCAAUGUGAUAGCGAAGGAGAAAGCAACUUACAGUAUUAUCACUCAAUGUGAUAGCUAAGGA